AAACCGUUAUGUUGGCUAUGAUGCCUGAAGAUCUGAAAGCAGGCGGUUACUGCGACACGUAUACUCACUGCGAAAUUCAUCCAGCGAUGAUUCUUGGAGUUUGCGCCUCCAUUAUUCCCUUUCCGGAUCAUAACCAAAGUCCGAGAAACACGUACCAAAGUGCUAUGGGUAAACAAGCUAUGGGUGUUUACACCACAAAUUUCCAUGUUCGAAUGGACACGCUAGCUCAUGUUCUAUAUUAUCCACAAAAACCGUUGGUUACGACGAGAUCUAUGGAAUAUCUCAGGUUCAACGAGCUUCCUGCUGGCAUUAACGCCAUUGUUGCGAUUCUUUCAUAUACUGGAUACAAUCAAGAAGAUUCCGUCAUCAUGAACCAAUCAGCUAUUGACAGAGGAUUCUUCAGAUCGGUGUUUUAUCGUUCUUACCGUGAUCAAGAAGCGAACUUGGAUGGCGCGAAUGAGGAGCUUAUUGAAAAGCCGACAAGAGAUAAAUGCUCUGGGAUGAGACAUUCUCUUUAUGAUAAGGCAUGUGAACAAAAUAAGAUUCCUCUGGACGACGACGGAAUCAUCUCACCUGGCAUGCGUGUUUCCGGAGAUGAUGUGAUUAUAGGGAAGACAGUUGCGCUUCCUGAAGUUGUACGUUUUGUGAUGUUAACUUUAUUUUCUAUUUUCGUGCUUGUAUGCUCCUUCCAGGACGACGAUUUGGAUGCAAGCAGUAAGAAAUACACGAAAAGAGAUGCAUCAACAUUCCUUCGCAGCUCUGAAACUGGUAUUAUUGAUCAAGUAAUGGUAUCACUAAACACCGAUGGAAACAAAUUUGUGAAAAUCCGCGUAAGAUCAGUGAGAUUGCCUCAGAUCGGAGACAAAUUUGCAUCCCGACACGGGCAGAAGGGUACUAUGGGUAUUAUGUACAGGCAGGAAGAUAUGCCGUUCACGUGUGAAGGGUUAACACCAGAUAUUAUUAUCAACCCUCAUGCAGUUCCUUCCCGUAUGACCAUCGGUCACUUGAUUGAGUGUCUUCAAGGAAAGAAAAGAAACCAACGUCAUAGCUUAUCGAAUUUUUCCCUGUUCCGCUUAUUAGAUUAUCAAGUAUUUCCAUAUGAUCUUAGCUUGGUAGGUUAUGUUGGUUACAUCAUUACUCCUAGGACUUGGAUUUCAACUGCUCCUCCAUUUUUAGCUUUCUGCCAAUAAGG